UUAAUGACUAAACUCCGUGAUGAAAUAUCUAAAGGACUUUGAGUGGUCAAUUACUCGAGUCAAGAGUUCGCUACUUAGGGUCUAUCGUUUCGAUGAUGUUAUAACUCAAGUAAUCAUUUCUGUGUGUACAUAAUUUUCGCUAACGAUCUCCUGACUUCGGCAAAAGAAAUUUCAGCUUUAUUCCAGGAGCGAUAAUACUAUAAUAUACCAUGAAAGAAAUGUUGAUGAACGUUGCGAAGAGGUGACAAGAUGAGCAAUUAGACUUUAACAACCUACAUCCGUAAACCUUGGCUCUGACGGGUGUGAAUACGUGAGAUAUUCUCAACCGAGACGUGUGGAGUCUCUGAUAGCGUUUUCAUCAGUAGAUAGCGGUACUUCAAUCUACUCGAGCGCCGUGUGGAUUCCGUUAAAGCUUUUAAUCUCGCAACCCUGCUCACACUAAACUCACACUGCUUCCAUCAAGUCGCAGAGAACGUUCACCGGAGAUAAGCUAUUUACUCGGCUUACUACCUGCCAAGCUAAGUGUUUUCUGAUAUAGAUUUAUUAAGCAAUUGUUCUUCUCGUUCUCCUUACCACUCAGUCGAGUUCCUCGAAACAUUUUUAUAUACUACUCAUCUUUCUUUUUUUAGAGAAGUAACUUUACGUUCAAACAUUAAUGUCUGAGCACGACGAAAAUUGUAUCCCAGCGCGAAAUAGUCCCGAUCUCGUGAGCUUCUCCUAAAGUAUUCGUUGAUAAAUAGACGAACGACGCCGCUCCGUUUAAACAGUGGCGCGGAGAGAACCACCACCCCCGUUGACGCGUCGCGGGGUGUCCUUGGCCUAUCGAUAGUUUAUAUAGUCGUCACGACAUCGCCACGCUCCUCCGGCACGCCGCUCCGGCAAUCAUCGGCCGCGUAGCCGUUGUUACGUCCAGGAGCUCAUGGUCGGUGCUGACACCAACUUGUUGCCGUUGUUGAGCGCAUGCGUUUUCACGGCAGCACGUGAAUACGCAAUCGUCAAGUCACCCCUCGAGCAGUGCCGUAUUGUUGGAUAGGUAGAAAUUGCGAAUGAUUAGCAGGACGAGAUAUUAUCAGGAUGUCAUGGACUAUGAAUCGAAGGAAGAAUCCCCGUGUUUUCUUGCACGUCCUUGGGCUCCUUCAUGGAUUUCUGAAAUCUACAAAUUUUUUACUCCAUAUUCUAUAUUCUACUAAUUUUUUACUCUAUACUCUAUAAUAUUAGACCAAAGAUCGAUUCUUCCAGUCUACUUUUUGUAAGCUAAAAUAUGUAUCUCUUUGUCUAAUUAGGAGAAACAAAGACAGGCAUAUGAUUUAUUUAGCUGUUGGUUCAUCAAGAGGUAGGAAAAAUGGGUCUUAAGUGCUGAGAGUUAAGUUCAGUUUUAAAAAAUCUCGAAGCAAAAAUUUCCAGGCGCGAUGACCUUCGCUUCUCGUCUUCUUCAAAACUUGCUUGACUCAGUCUGCUCAUAGACACUUGAUUUAGAACGUAGAGUGAUUCGAAAUCUCGAUGUAUCGCAGUCUUGAUAAACUUCCGGGAUCUCCAGUUGCCGGCUGGACCGGCUAAACGAGCCUGUUCAAUUUGGAGGUCGGGGCGCGGGUGAUACGACCUUCUAGCACAACACAGGGCGUCGCGUCGCGCCGCGGUCCGGAGGAGUCACGGCCGCCCAGUGCCACCUACGAAACGCGGAGAUGUCCGCAUCCUCGUGCCGCGUCGGACGUGUGUGACAGAAGAUGUAACGUCGCGUCACGUUGCACAGAUGCGUGGAGGUGUGUAUGUAUGUGGUGUGUCGCGUUGCGUUCGGCGAACGCGCGCGGAUUUUCUGGCGGUGUAAUCGAUGCGUCGGCACCGUUGUGGCGCGUGUGCGCGUUGACGCACGUGCACGUAGCCGACGUGUCGUCGUCGUCGACGAGCAGCAGCAGCAGUAGCAAGGGUGUGGCGAGAGAGAACUACGAAACAUCCUCCGGACGUGGUGACGUAGACAGUCUUCCAUCCCGGAUGAUCGUUAUUCCACGAGAAUACGGAUCGCGUAAAGUGCGACGACAAGUUCGUGCGUGAGAAUACAUUUCCGCUUCGUACGGGCGAUCGUGGCGGGCGAAGGUGCGAAAUCGAUCGCGCCGGGCGGCCGAAAGUGCUACACACCUGACUUCUUUUCGCGAGAGAGAGAGAGCUCGUUCGAUCGAUCGCCGGACGAGACGUGCCGAUAAUACGCAUUUCGGAGCUCGAGAUUUCAACUCGCCCGGUACUGCGUAAUUUUCUCGACGCUUGGGAUUUCUUCGGUGCAGAUUUUCGCAAGCGAUCUAACCUACUACUACUACCACCACCACCGCCACCACCACCAUCAGCACCACUGCGACCGCGGCCGUUCGUACGUCCGUCCGAUGCACCAGCGUCGUCGUCGUCGUCGUCCGGCCGCAACCGGACGAGUGCACGUGUAGAGGUGUUGUGCACGUAAGCACGUACGUACAUUCGUGGCGAAUUAAAUAUGAAUCGGCAAAUCGGACGUAUCGCGCACGGUGACAUGUGAGGCACGCGCUUCGCUCGAUUCGGCGACGUACACCAGCAGCAGCGAUCAUGGAAGUCGCGAGCACGAAGCUGCUGCAGUGGUUCAACGAACUCAGAUCCCGUAUACACCUCUAUCUACACGCCCAGACCCUUGAUCCGAUAAGGGCGGAAAAUGGUGGCUCACAGGGUGAGGAUCAACCACCUACGCAACACGGUGAUAGUGAGGAGAGGGUCAUCUUUGUCAAUGCCCCGCAUCAACCCGCAAAAUACAAAAACAAUCACAUCACCACUGCGAAAUAUUCAUUUCUGUCAUUCGUACCUUUAUUCCUGUUUGAACAAUUCCGUCGUUACAGCAACUGCUUCUUCCUGUUCAUCGCACUUAUGCAGCAAAUACCAGACGUUUCCCCGACAGGACGGUACACAACAUUGGUGCCACUGAUUUUCAUCCUCAGCGUAUCCGCUCUGAAAGAGAUAGUCGAGGAUAUUAAAAGGCACAGAGCGGAUGAUGAGAUAAACAUGAGGGAGGUGGAGGUCCUAAGGGACGGGCGCUGGCAGUGGAUACAGUGGCGUUCUGUGGCCGUUGGCGAUGUAGUUAAGGUCCACAACAACACUUUCUUCCCCGCUGACUUGAUCUUAUUGUCGUCAUCGGAACCGCAGGGUAUGUCCUUCAUAGAGACCGCCAAUUUAGACGGCGAGACGAAUCUGAAGAUCAGACAGGCCCAUCCCGACACUGCCAAUCUUUUGGAUACCGCGGAAUUGACGAAUUUUCGCGCGAACAUACAGUGCGAGCCGCCUAACAGGCAUUUGUACGAGUUCCACGGAGUCUUACGAGAGACCAAUAAGCAGAGCGUAGCUUUAGGGCCCGAUCAACUGUUACUUCGUGGCGCGAUGUUACGGAACACACGAUGGGUGUUCGGUGUGGUUAUAUACACGGGCCACGACACGAAACUCAUGCAGAACAAUACUGCGACAGCGCCGUUGAAGCGAUCCACCCUCGAUCGAUUGAUCAACACGCAGAUACUGAUGCUCUUUUUCAUACUUCUUUUGCUAUGCAUUCUCUCUGCGAUAUUCAACGUCGUGUGGACGAACGCUAACAAACACGGCCUCUGGUAUUUGGGUUUAAAUGAGGAGAUGACUAAAAAUUUUGCUUUCAACCUUUUGACGUUUAUCAUCCUUUUCAAUAAUUUAAUACCGAUAUCUCUGCAAGUGACGCUUGAAGUAGUGAGAUACGUUCAGGCGACAUUUAUUAAUAUGGACAUAGAAAUGUAUCACGCAGAAACGGAUACUCCAGCGAUGGCUCGUACCAGUAAUCUAAACGAGGAACUCGGAAUGGUGAAUUACGUAUUUACUGAUAAAACUGGUACUCUCACGAGAAACGUCAUGGAGUUCAAGCGAUGUUCAGUCGGCGGAAAGAUAUAUGACUUACCAAUUCCCGUUAUUGAUGAAGAAAGCGUGAGUGAGAGCUGCUGUGAAUUAAUCGAUGAUAUCACGGAGGGGAGAUCCGUGCGCGACUCCUCGAAUCCUAUCGAUAAAAAGAAAGCAGAACACGCUGCGGUGCUUCAUGAAUUCAUGGUCAUGUUAUCAGUUUGCCACACAGUUAUUCCUGAAAAAGUGGAUGACUCUAUAAUUUAUCACGCUGCAUCUCCGGAUGAAAGAGCACUAGUGGAUGGAGCACGUAAAUUUAAUUACGUGUUCGACACUCGAACACCCAAUUACGUGGAAAUUGUAGCUUUAGGCGAGACCCUACGGUACGAAAUACUGAAUGUAAUAGAAUUUACUUCGGCUAGAAAGAGAAUGUCGGUGGUAGUGAAAACGCCCGAGGGAAAAAUUAAAAUUCUUUGUAAAGGGGCAGACUCUGUGAUUUAUGAAAGAUUAACACCAAUAAACUCUGUAGAAGUUAGCGAUCUCGACCUAGAGCAUAUAGACGAUUUUCGUGAGACAACUCUAGAACACUUGGAGGCUUUCGCCAGCGAUGGAUUGCGGACACUUUGUUUCGCUUCCGCGGAGAUACCUGAGAACGUUUAUCAGUGGUGGCGUGAAUCAUACCAUAAAGCAUUGGUUAGUACGAGGAAUCGUGAUAAUAUGUUGGAAGAGACUGCGAAUCUUAUUGAAACUAAACUCACGUUAUUGGGAGCAACUGCGAUUGAAGAUCAACUGCAAGAUCAAGUCCCGGAAACAAUACAGGCUCUUCUGCAAGCUGAUAUCAACGUUUGGGUAUUGACGGGAGAUAAGCAGGAAACCGCGAUAAACAUCGGUUACUCGUGUAAAUUGAUAACGCAUGGAAUGCCUUUGUAUAUUAUUAAUGAAUCUUCUUUAGAUAAAACAAGGGAAGUUAUAAUCCAACGCUGUUUAGACUUCGGAAUUGAUUUGAAAUGCCAAAACGACGUGGCUCUAAUCAUAGACGGCAGUACUUUGGAUUUUGCUCUGUCAUGUGACAUCAGGAUGGACUUUUUGGAAUUGUGUUCAGCUUGCAAAGUGGUUAUCUGUUGCAGAGUAUCACCUAUACAAAAAGCUGAGGUAGUCGAUUUAAUUACGAGUAACAAGAAAGCCGUAACUCUUGCAAUUGGGGAUGGUGCGAACGAUGUAGCAAUGAUUCAGAAAGCUCACAUUGGUGUCGGCAUUUCAGGUGUGGAAGGUCUUCAAGCAGCUUGUGCCUCCGAUUAUUCUAUUGCACAGUUUCGUUUUCUGAAACGUCUAUUAUUCGUUCACGGCUCUUGGAAUUAUAGUAGAAUGUGUAAAUUAAUAUUAUAUUCGUUUUACAAGAAUAUUUGCUUGUAUGUUAUUGAAUUGUGGUUCGCAAUUUAUUCCGGCUGGUCCGGACAGAUACUGUUUGAAAGAUGGUCCAUUGGACUUUACAAUGUGGUUUUUACCGCUGCGCCUCCACUAGCUAUGGGUCUCUUCGAUAAAGUGUGUUCAGCAGAAACUCACUUAGCUCAUCCAGGACUGUAUGCGACGAAGAAUAACGGCGAAUCAUUCUUUAACAUUAAAGUAUUUUGGGUAUGGAUUGUGAACGCCUUGAUUCAUUCGUCGCUACUUUAUUGGCUGCCACUUUUGGCUCUCACGCAAGAUGUGGUUUGGGCAAACGGUAGAGACGGCGGUUAUCUUUUAUUAGGAAACUUUGUUUAUACUUAUGUUGUAGUAACAGUAUGCGCAAAGGCAGGUCUAAUAAUAAACUCAUGGACAUGGGUCACUCAUUUAGCAACAUGGGGAUCUAUUAUACUCUGGUUCUUAUUUAUUUUUAUAUAUAGUAAUUUUUGGCCUGUCUUGAACGUUGGCGCUGUUAUGUUGGGCAAUGACAAGAUGUUAUUCUCUUCGCCUGUUUUUUGGCUGGGACUUAUAUUAAUACCAACAGCAGUAUUGCUUCUAGAUGUUACAGUAAAAGCAGUGAAGAAUACAGUUUGGAAAUCUGUAACGGAAGCAGCCCGAGAAAAUGAAAUUAGAAAGUCGGAUCCUGGCGUUAUAUUCAACAAUCAGGACUAUAGAAGCUCAUUGACGGAAACGGCGAGGCUGCUGAAAAACGUUAAAAGUGUUUUCACCAGGCGCUCGAACGCCGCCUCCAGAGUCAAUGUCGAGGUGGAGCUAUCACCGUUUAAUGAUUUGCGACCUUUGUUAUUGCGCAUGCUGCGCGAUGCAGAUGGUUUCGCGUUCUCGCAAGAGGAGGGUGGCUCGGUUACCCAGACAGACGUGAUCAGGGCAUACGACACAAAUCUUCCGAAACCCGGCGGCAUGUGAUUUAAGCCGGGCUGUCGUACGACCAGACGAUGCCGGCUACCUUCUCAAGCAGUUUGAAGAAAAAGCAGCAGCAUGUUUCGCGAUUCGACGCUUCUACUCAACGUCUUUACUCGACUGAUGCGCGCCCGGAUUGUCGGAUCAAUUGACCUCCGACACGGAAUUGGCUCGACGAUAGGCUUAAGGACACUUGAGAAGUCUUGAAAGCAAGAGUUGACCCUUGGUUAGUCGCGCGAACGUGCGUUCGGCUCGCCUCUCGCUAAAAUAAACUUACACGGCCUUUACCUCUAAUCCAAAGUAAUAAAUAGUCGACUCUACUACGACGGACUUGUUGUAAAAAGAAGGGAUGUUAGAUAUUUAAAUCGUGGUGGCUCUCGAUAUUUUCUCUACACGCCGCAUCUCGUCAGAACGCGCGCGCAGGGUCGCUACGGCUAAUUAAGGGUCGAAUAGCGUUAACGUUCAAACGAACAAUUCCUCUUGAACUUACUGCGAUCAAUUUGUAGAAGAGAACUCCGAUAUUAGCACGAAUAAUUAUUUUGAUACUCCGUGAAAUUUUAUUCUAAUACCUGUGCGUAGUGAGACCUCAUGUUAAAGUACCGGAUAGAGCGAUGUAUUUCGCGCAGGGACUCGGCGAGGCGGCAACGUGCAUUCCGAUGCGAUGCAUUUGGGAAAGCAUUUCGUGUUAGUGUCAAAAAGUGCGCAGAGAGUCCUAUUAUGCACCGAUAAACCGCUUUACCUACGUCUAUUUCUUCGUAGAACAUGAGAGUGGGACGCGCGUGCGCGCGCACGCUCGUCCUAAUAACUGAGAAAGUCGCGCGAACUCGCGCAAGCUCUAAUUGCGAUCUUGAAUGUUAAUAUAUGCAUAUAUAUUUGUUCUGAAUGUGUACAGUGAAAGAGAUUUGUCGUGCGAGAUAAUCAUUCAGGGAGACACUCGGGCAAGUCCUCCCUGAAAUUGAGUACCUCUAUAUAUAAAUAUAUACAUACACACACACACCUACACACACAUACAAUACAAAAAUAUACAAUAUAAUCUAAAUUUGUACAUUUCCAAAAUUGAGAAAGAAGCUUCUGCGAUCGCGACGCGAUCGAUGGAGGAUUACGUUCGAUUUCGUGCCAGAAAAAGACUGUUCCCCUUGUUCUAUAUAUUGUAUAUAUUACGUUACUCUUCAAUUUUUGUUAACAAUAUAACGUAUACUUCAUUAUUGUAUAUACACGAAACUGCGUUGUUAUCUAGUCAGAAUCUGAUACCGAUCUUUCAGUUCGAGAUUCACUCUUCCGCCCAUCAUAAUACACUCUUUUUUAAGUUUACGACUGAUGAAUUUAAAAUAAAGAGAAAUAUAUAUAUACAUAUAAUAUUAUGUAAAGUAACAAUUGUAUACACCAUGUUCGGAAUAAAACGGUGAUAAAGAAGU